UGAUCUAUACGUAAAAAAGUGCUUCUGUUGACCACUUAGAUAACCCAAAUUUUUUUUUAAUAUUAAAAGUGGUAGGUAGGUAUAUCCUUUUAAUAACGAUGUAAUCGAUUGGCCGAGCCAGGCCAAGCUGACCCGAGUGGCCAAGAACGGCUUACGUUCCCACCUGACUGCAGGGUUUGCGUAAUGCGGAAUACACCCUCGACUGAUUAUUUCUCAUUCGCAAUCGCCUACAUAGCAAGUGCUUAUCGUGCGUUGUUAUUUAUUUAUUAGGUACUAUAAUCUUAAAAAUGGAACUCCAAUUAAAUAUUCACAUGACGACCAGGUCCUUUCUGUGACAAUUGAAACUAUGUGUGUGCUGGGGCAAUACACGAAAAGAGCGUUUGGAAAAUUUUUGGUCGAAAUGUCAAACCUGACGGACUUUGCCUGCAAUAAUUGGAGAGUAUAAUAGAACGAAGAAAAUGCUAUGGCAGAGAUGAAGCUGUUGAACAAGCAGCAAAAUGGAGUGGACUUGAGCCAAGAGGGAGUGUUCGAUAUUCGGUGCCUGAUUAAGGCAAGCGACAUCAACUAUGCAGCCCAGUCCGAAUUCCACCAGGGACAAUUUUUGGCCUUUGUCUCUGGAGCUUCAGAUCUUGGGCUCUAUUACUUGAAGGACUCCUGCCAACCAGUCAUCAAGAGAGUCCCUUGGUUCCAAAGCGUAAGGAAAAAAAUAGCUUGUUUGUGCUUCGAUCCGCAAGGCUGUUGGCUGCUUGUGGCAUCUGUCGAUGGUUCUCUGUUCAUUGUCCCAGCCAGAACUUUAGUAGAUGACUAUCAUCCCCAAGAUCAGAAGUGGACAACUCAGGAUAUAACUUCUUUUUCGUCUCUGAAUGCACAAAAUAAUUAUGCUAGACCAAGUGCACUGGCAUGGUGGCAAGGUGCAACAUUACCUUGUAAUGUCGGUAUUUUGGGCACAGACCAGGGUGAAAUAAUAUUUGUUAAUCUGGAAACUGGCCAGAAAGUAGGGGCUACGAAAAUCGAGGGACGCGUUGCCAGCUUUUUCAUCUGUCAGGAUACCGAGCUCGACACUGUGACGUUGUUAAUAACGAAUCAGUCCAGGGAACAGUGGGGUUUGAUUUUAGAAAAGCCAGGCAGUAAAUAUACUUAUCCUUUAAACAAUGGAUCACAACCUCAGCGUUUUCAAAAUGAAGAUAAAGUGGACAAGGAAGACACCAAAGGUUAUCCUACAGCAAGGUCGAGAUUGCAGGGUCUGAAACAGUUAUCUGUGGAAGUCAGUGAGAAACUUGUAAUACUCAAGCAAAAACUUGCCGAAAGAAAUCGUAAUUUUGAGUCAUGUGGAACGCGCACAGAUAAUAGUAAUCGUGUACAUGAUUCUGGAGCUAUAUCUAGUGACAAUGAAAAUUGCAACGAAACAGAUUUUUUUAGUCAGUUGGAUUCCAGUCGAUAUAGUACCACUCCCGUUGCGGUGAAUACGGGUACAUAUAUUUCUCCGCAAUAUUUGAAAUCAGGUCGACUUAUUUACUCUCAAGUGCAAUCGUCAGCAAAUUGUUUAACGAUUCAUGAAAAUGGCAUGUCGUCAUUUUCAUCCCACAUUUACAGAAUACCAGAACAAAGUGAAAGUAUAUUGUUAACAAACGGAUUUUUCUACAUUUCCGAUACGAGACAUCGUUUCGUCCAUGUAGUUUCCCGUAUUUUAUCUGAAGUUUUGAAAGAAGAUGGAUCCGAUUACAGCAAAGAAUCAGUUGUUGCUCGCUUUUCUUUCAAUAAAAGUGAAGAAAUGGUUAACAGCAUAUUUACUCUGUCUAGUUCGAGAAAUACUGGCGAUCUCAAUCUGACGAAUCACGAGAGUAAACUAUACAAUUUGCCAAAAGGUGUGGUCGAUCUCAAAAUCUCUCUACCACCGAUAGAUACGUGUAUUAUAGUCACUAAUCUUGGCAUAUAUAAAGUUAUUGUCAGGGAACAUAUUUUUUUAUCACUUUUUAUGGAUUUACUAAUAAAAAGGCGGGCAAUUAAGGAUGCAACUAAGCUUGGCAAAACAUUUGGAUUAAACGUGCAGCAGCUAAUCGAGUGUGCUGGCGAUAUAGUUUUGUGCAAUCGAGAGUUUAGCAGGGCAAUGGAGUUAUACUCACUUGCAGGGUGCCGAUUAUCAAAAAGUAUUUUAAAAUUUGCAUCAAUGGGUCAUGCUUCUGAAUUUUUGAGUCAUUUCAUAUCUUAUUCAUCGAGUCCUUCCAUUGCUGAAAUGUCGGUACUGAAUAGAAUACACUUUUCAAAUCUGAGCGUUCUUGCAUUCACGCAGCUUACAUUAAGGGCAACGUCUACGCACAAUAAAGUAAUUUACAAAGACUAUAAGGAUUUUUUUAACUUUUUAUCUACAAAUGUAUUUUACGAUGAGUUGUUUGCAAUGAAUAUUGCUGCACAAAGUAACAUGUGGUGUAUCCUUAAUUAUCUGACAGCAUGCAGAGGUUUGGGUCCACAAAUAUUAGGCGUGAUUACAAAAGCAUCAGCCAUGUAUACAGGAAAUAAUUCUGAUUUUGGUCCUCAAACUUUGCAUUAUUUACUGUGCUUGAGCGACUCAAGCUUGACUCAAAGCCUUUUAAACAGUUCUAACAUGGCCAAAAGCCAUAUUAAUAUUGUGUUGAGUAAUAUAUCGACCCUACGAGUGUAUAUUCUAAAGAGACUGAUCAUGUUGUACAAUCCAACUCAUCCAGUAAUGAGGCCGUUACUCUUACGCUUCAAAGCUAGACGAAGAGCCGCGUCGCGCAGUUCUUUUUCUAGCCAAGGGGAUUCAGUUGAAAUAGAAGAAGAUACGGAUGAAACUGCCUCGUUGGUCGAAGAAAUAAUAGAAGCUUUUCUGCAAGUUCUUCUGGCUUUACUCUACAGGAAACAACCGAGCCUGAAAUUCUGCUCCAAGUACGUGCCAUUCACACCUCUGUCUGAGAUCGUGGGAGUUCGCAGAGGAAAGACCACCAGCGUUGACUUUAAGAGAAGGCUGCUGAGCACUGGAUUCGCACACACCGCGCUUAUCAGAAAUGGGAACGUUUACACAUGGGGAAAUACCACGCAGGGCUGCUUAGGUUCUGGCCCAACGAUAUCACGAUAUAAACUCGCGCAGGAAAUCAACAUGUUCUGUCGUCAGGGUGUCGAAGUGUUGUCGGUCUCGUCAGGUCGAUGCCAUACUUUAGCCGUUACCAAUAACGGCGUGUACGCUUGGGGUGGAAAUCGCUACGGACAGCUGGGUAUCGUCGAGCCUGACCAAUGUCCGAAUCCAGAGCUUGUAACUGAACUUGCUGACGAGAUCAUUAUUGAUGCCAUAGCAGGCCAAUAUCAUUCAAUGGCUCUAACGUCCGACGGUCGCCUGUACACGUGGGGCUGGGGCGUGCACGGCCAACUGGGACACGGCAACACCGAGACUUGCCGACAACCUCGACUUGUAGAAGGUCUUCUUGGCCUGGUGAUUCGUCACGCUUCAGCUGGUUAUGCCCACACCCUCGUUCUCACAGCUGAUGGCUACGUUUACGGAUUUGGUUUCAACCUAUAUGGACAACUCGGUCUUGGUCACGAUGUCAAGCAGACCAGUCCUGUGAGAAUCAGUCUAUUGCCCGAAAGAGUAACUCUCAUUGCAACCAAGUACUUUCACAGUCUCGCUAUUAGCUGUACGAAUCGACUCUUCAUUUGGGGGUCGAAUCUACAAGGGGUGCGCCAACAGUGGAAGGCGCGCAGAGCCAAGCAGCUGAGGGCAAAACUGUCGUCGGCUUGCGAAUUGAUAGAAAAAGAAGCUGCGAGUACUUCCGAAGUCAACGAAGAAAAGGAAAACUCCACUAGUGAUGCGAAAGAGGUUACAAACAAUAACGGACCUGUAGCUUACAUAAGCUCGAAUGCGCUCGAACCGCCUGAGGCGGAUUCACCGACUGCUGACGAAAAUCAGUCGCAUCUGUGGCCCAAGCUUGUUGAUACAAGCCUCGUUCAUGGAAAAAUUGUCCAGAUAUCUACGGGGUACAACCACUCAGCUCUUCUAACGAAAGAUGGCACGAUCUACGUCUGGGGCAGGAACCUGGAUGGACAGCUCGGUACUGGUCAUAAGCACGACAUCAGCAUCCCAACGCCACUCUUUGGUCAACCGAUACUCCUUGACUUUGCUCAAGUCGACGAGGGCUGCGAAUCCGCUUGUCAGAGAGAUCUGAACUGUAGCAAAAAAUUCUUGAAAAUCUGCUGUGGAAGUAACUUUAUGAUAGCUAUUGAGACAGGUGGCAGUGUACUGGCCUGGGGUAACAACAGUCUUGCCCAGCUGGGCAGAACGCCCAAAGAGCAAGAUGAGCGUAAUCUGAAGGAUCUGGUGCUAAAGUUUCGAGUGUCCAACCGCAUAAUCAACUGCAUUGAUCAUUUGGAUAAACUUGGCAUAGGAGCGGAAACGACACCGAAUGAGGUGCCCUACAUACCCUCACCGACAAUUUCGUACCAGAGCUACGAUGUGACACCGCUUGCUGGCUCUGUCAUGCCUUUGAAGAAUGUGGAAAAAGAACUGAGCGACAUGACGCUGCAUUACGUGCUUGAACAGUUUCACGGGCUUUAUGACUCUGCUACGAUUUUGAAGAAGUGUUCAGAUAUAAAAAAUUACCAAGCCUGCGCAAAAAUCGAGCUUUUGGACCGUAACCUCGUAGAAGCUCUUAUUUAUCAACUUAGAGCUCUAAAAGAAUGUAACCCUGACAAUUUAGAAACUUUUUUCAACGGCAUGCGUGAUGAGUAUGAUGUAGAUAAUUAUAAAAAUGACCAAGCUCAGGAUAAUAGUAAGCUGUUUGAGAAGCACGUAGAGUGGAAUUUGAUGGAAAAUUUACUGGAGAGCGUUAAGAAACAAAAAAUCAAAAUGCCCUGUAGCAAGUCUUUGGACAGUUUUCAAACCAUCGAGCAGGAACUGCACAAUUUCGACUGUCAAGGUGGCUCCGAAGAAAUGUUUGACGAUCUCAAGUCUGAUCCCAAUUCCGAAUCUGUGGAAAUGGCUUUGGAUCAGUCUUUGGAAAAUGGUAAUAAAGAAGAUGAAGAUAGCUCGUUGUCGAGUGAUAUCAAUGAAGAGAUGAACGAUAACGAAAGUAUCCCAGUGGAAAAUUACGAUAAACCAGGCAAAAGCAUACUCGAAAAUGCUCUCAGUAGUCACGAAUUGGUUGUAAUGCAGCAUGCUAUAAACAUAGUCGAUUUUUACCUUAACGAAGUUGAAGAAGAUGCUUACGUACCUAUGUACGAAGUUUCUGCUACAGCCAUUAAUUUCUGGGUGGAAAAUAAAUUUCCGAUCGAAACACUUGAGAAAAUUUUUGACAAGUACCUCGAUAAGAUAUUUUACUCUCUUGGUCUCUUACUUUUUGGAUGUGAUCCACAGAAUACUUAUACUCUUCAGAAAAGUAAUGGCAACAUUCGCGUGAAAAAUGCCGAAAAAAUUCUCUCUACUCAUUUCAGUCUUAAAAUUUGUUCAAUGAUGUUGGAACACAUAGAUGAAGGAAAACCUGCCCCAGAAUACAUACAGAUGCUGUCAGUUUCGAUGGCAAAAAACUAUGGGCCUCCACUUACGGGCUAUCCAGGUACCAGUGAAAAUAAUACUCCACAAAAGAUGAUGGAUGGUAUUAUUAGCACAUUAUCCGCCAAGUACAAUGAUCCUCGGCCAUUUAUUCACCUUAAGGAUGCAGACAAGGUGUCCGAACUACUUAACGCAGAAGAAGACUCGAUGAUAUUCACCUGCGGCCAUCAAUACUCCAUGUCGGCUUAUCAAUCCGAGGCAGUGCCAAAAAUGGAAACUGAACUUCUGACCUUACAACCUCCUCUCCCCUCGACGGCUCAACUUCUUGGCACUAUGUUAAAUCAGUCACACAAACCUGAAACAGUUUGUCCCGCGUGCCUUUCACAAGUGCUUAAGGACGCGGCUAAGAGUGUAAACGAUUUUUAGAGAUUUUUAUCAAUAGUUUUGCAACAAUAGACUUGGUACGUCUACUUAAUUAGAGCUGUGUAUAUUUUUAUUUCUUAACUUAGGAACUUUUUAAACUUUACACAAGAUAAAUAUUUGUGAUGUCGAGUACUUCCAAGAAGAUGAUUUUAAUUUUAUUAGACAAAUCGUGAUGCAAUGAAUUGGUAAAUCUGUUUUUAAAGCGUUGGUGAUGGUAUAUAAUACAGCUAUUAUAAUUUCAAAUCCGGCGUAGAAUUUACGCGUACUUAUUUUAUUCGUGUAGUUGAAGCAAAGGUUGAAAAAAAAAACGUUAGUCUUUCAAUCAUUUAAAUAAAAAACACGCAGUUCGAUGAUUUUCACUUAAAAGACUCGUACAGUAAGAAUUGAACGUGUGAUUUUUUGAGCCUUUUUUACAGCUUACCGGCAUUUUUAUGGUAAUGUACUUCUUCAACACUUUUCGCUGAAGUUGUUGAAGCUACGUGUUGGACCGAUCUUUAGCUUAUUCACGAUAGGCAGUAAAUUUAAAAUGAUAUAUACAUGAACUAUAUCGUUACUCUCUGCAUGAGACAUGUAAAUAUAUUAUACACACUCCGAACGCGUAUUUACGACGAGAUAAAAUCAAUUGUAUCGUAGUGUAUGAAUAAAUUUUUUUGUAAAUUUCAUUUAUUGUAAAUAAUGUUUUCUCUGUACUUUGACGAACUCUCUUAUAGCAAUGACUCUAGUCUCUAAUCGAAUCCCAAAUAAGUACAAGAUUUGGCGCAUUAGAUUGAAAAUAUACGUAUAUGAUAUCUGCAAAAGUAAAUUAUUCGUUGCGUCGAAUAUCCGUGUGCUGCAGCGUAAUAAAUUUUUCAUCAAAGGAAUAAGGUAGUGCUUAGUGCAUAACAAUCGAUAACAAUAAUAAAUGUGUACCGGGUAAUUUAUAAAUAUUUAUUA